AUGAGUCCUUCGUCACCAGACGUACACAAAGCACCCGACUUAGUGGAUCAUAUCUCACUUGAGCAUCCGGCUCCAGCUUUGUUACGCGCCUACAUUCUCGAGGCUGUUCAACCUCAGGUGGCUGCAAAUUACGUACAACACCGGCUGAGUGCCGACGAACAUGCCAGUUCUCUGGUUGCUGAUUGGAUUUAUGUUAUUGAUUCAGUCAUCUCGGGCACGCAUCCACGAGCCCCCUCGCAUGAUGAGAUCAAUGCCAUCAAAAAGCGAGACGGACGUAUCUGCUGCGUGACGGGCAAACAGGGUAGCCUCUGGGACCCCUUGGUAGUCGCCCCGGUAUUACCUGUACCCUCUGCGUGGCUCAAAGGGGAGGUCAGUUCGUUUUGUUUCUGUCGCUUAUACAUACCCUCACGUCUAACGCUAAGACUAGCCACGUAUUGUGAAGCUCCUAGAAGCAUUCUUUGGCCUUCAAUACUUCGAUUGGUGGCGUCUCUUCAUCGACAGAGCCGAGAUAUAUUCACCUUAUCAUACCCAUUGGCUUGUCCGUCGGAGCGUGCAGGACUCCUUCCAGCGCGGACUCGUCAAAUUAAUGCGAUUUUCUUCAUCCAUGAUCGAUUCAGAGUUGAGCAUGUUCGUGUUGAUGAUGAGCAACCUGUCGAUGUGAACGGCCCUAUUGCUUUGCUGGGUGACCAUUCGCGGCAGGGAAUCGAUAAGGUCGAUGCACGGUUAAAUGGUUCCCACGCCCGAUUCUCCAGAAGUCUCCAGCUUGUGAAUCUUGCAAGGACCAUCGCCCCUGGUCUGGUCUCCGAGCCGAAAACCACCAAAUAUGCCCCCCAACAGCAGUCCCCAGUCCGCAUGCGUUCAAGUAAUCUUGGCCUGGGACACACAUUCGUACGCCCAAUAAUACUUUUGUGGCGGUUAUUUACAUCAAAAAUUCGUAUUACGGCCUACGAUCUGUUGCGAAAGCUGGGAAGCUGCUUCUACAGAAAAGAUGGAGAUGCGCAAGUCCAGAAGUUACCUUUUGGACUAUACCUCAAGUUUAACUCCAACCUGGAUACUCUGAGGAACGAGUAUAAUGCCCUCCAGAUCUUGGAACAAAAGACAACAAUUCCUGCGCCACGAGCCUUAGAUAUAGUGUGCCAGAACAAUGACGAGGAUGAUUCGAGUUAUCUCCUCAUGACUAGGGUUCCAGGCACACCAUUGGCGAUAUGUCGGGAUGCGCUUUCUGACCAAGACUACGCCAACCUCUCUGUUCAGCUCAAGGAUUGUGUGUCACAAAUGCGGGACAUUCCCAAGCCGGCCAAUCAUAAUAUGGCUAUCUGCAAUACCUUGGGUGAAGCCUGCCGCGAUCCGCGCAUUCGAGAUUGGUCUGCCGUCGGACCCUUUCCAGAUGAAGCGUCGUUUAGCCAAAAUCUACGCUUCUCUGACGAGCCCAGCCGACGUGGGCACCAGAUUUGUUUUACCCACGGAGACCUCAAUCCUCGAAACAUUAUGGUGGAGCGGAUUAGCAAUUCUGCUGGAGUUAGAGGAUGGCAGUUAAGUGGAAUUAUAGAUUGGGAAACAGCGGGAUACUAUCCUGAGUAUUGGGACUACACUAAGAGCAUGUUUGAAAGCUUUCGGUGGCCAAGGAGACAUAACGAAAUGAUGUCUGACGUGUUCAGCGAGUUUGGUGAUUAUAGCGAGGAAUUGGCGGUAGAGAGGCGGGCUUGGGAGUCAGGAGACGGAAUUUAA